GGCCAUUAUUCAUUACAAAAUGACGCCGGUCGAGGCUUCGUCUUCCAUCUCCCAAGUCAACUCAAUGGCCGCAGAACAAUGGCAAUCCCAAGAAAUCCAACAUUCCCCGACCCGCCCCUUCCUCCUCCUCCACCGCCUACCGGGCUUCAAUCUCUCCUUACUUCCUUUACUUCAGACCCGGUACACAGUCCUUGACCCGCUUGCGGACCCACCCGAGCCGUUGUUCACUGCCCAUGCAAAAUCUGCCCGUGUCAUGAUCUGUUUAGGCCCCACCCCUGUGAGGUCGGAGGACCUCGACAAGUACCCGGCUGUGGAGUGCAUAGUGGGUUCCAGCGCAGGGGUUAACCACUUCGACCUCGCCGCCUGCCGCCGCCGGGGAAUACGCGUUACCAAUGCCGGCGAUACUUUCUCCGACGAUGCCGCGGACUAUGCUGUCGGGCUAAUGAUUGAUGUUCUCCGGCGGAUCUCCUCAGCCGACUGUUUCAUUCGGUCCGGGGAUUGGCCUGUCAAGAAAGAGUAUUCUUUGGGUUGCAAGGUGAGUGGGAAACGAGUAGGAAUUGUGGGAUUGGGCAGCAUUGGCUUGAGGGUUGCUAAGAGGCUCGAGGCAUUUGGCUGCAUCAUUGCCUACAACUCAAGGAAGAUGAAGCCCAAUGUUCAGUACCCUUAUCAUAAAAAUGUUCAAGAUCUUGCAGCAAACAGCGAUAUAUUGAUUCUCUGCUGUGCAUUGACAAAUGAAACCUACCAUGUAGUUAACAAGGACGUUAUGACUGCCUUGGGGAAGGAUGGUAUUAUUGUCAAUGUUGGACGAGGAGCACUCAUCAAUGAGAAGGAAUUGGUACAAUUCUUGGUGCAAGGUGAAAUUGGAGGUGCUGGACUUGAUGUCUUUGAGAAUGAACCGAAUGUUCCGGGAGAGCUAUUUGCAUUGGAUAAUGUUGUGUUGUCUCCUCAUCGUGCUGUUGUAACUCCAGAAUCAUUUACUAGGCUUCAAGAGCUCUUACUCGGAAACUUAGAAGCUUUCUAUUCAAAUAAACCUUUGCAGGCUCAAAUCAAGUUCGAGUAAUUUGUCAAUCUGCAUAUUCAUGCUGUUACUCUGAACUUUGGGACACAUGAAUAGUUACAAGUGCUGGCAAGAUUAAACUGUGUGGGAACUUAAUAUAAGAAAGAGAUGAUUUUUCUUAUAAAUGCUGAUACAGUUGUGUACCUUUUUAUUGAUUUACAAGAAAUUGGAACACUUAUUCUGCUCUGGAUAGAGUAAAACAUAAAUGAUUUUCUGUACAAAACUUCAAAUUGUGAUCCAUAAAAUGCAUUCGACUUUUGAUUCGAUAAGUUUUUCAAUGAUA